AUGGAUACAAUUGUUUCUGCUGCUCGUGAAUGCCACCGGUACAUCGGCAGUAGUAAGUCAAGGAUCACAAGUCAGUUUGGUUCCUUCUCGCCUUCGAGUAGCUUCCGAGGGAUGAACUAUCGAGCCUUCAAUUCUGAUGUCGCUUUUAUGCAGUCACUUCCCAACAAGUAUUUCACAAUUGAUGGCUACUCGGAAGCCAAAUCUCCUUCCUAUUCGCCUGAGACGUCAAAGAAAAUCAAGAGGAGUACAUCGAUCCCCAUAAACCGCAAGCCUGCUCCUAAAGAGGUCGCUUUUACCACUGAUCUUUUUCACUCUGAGCUUUGUGCUAGACCUGCCGACACAAAAUAUGCUCCUAAAGGGUCCCCUUGCGCAACUGAUCUUUCUCGCUCUGAACUUUGGGCAGGACCUGCCUACACAAACUCGCCUCCACCUAGUUCAUUGCCGAUUCCUAAAUUCUCCCUUAGAGAGAGGCGCGCUCCAUUGUCUCCUGCUAGAGAGUCGGCAUCCUCCGUCAGUGGCUUCUUUUGUCACAAUGAUAUCGCCACGGAGACCUUAAGACGGAUUCUCCACUUGGAUAUUAUUGUCACAAUGAUAUUGUCACAAUGA